CUUUUAUAAAAGGAAAAAAUAAAUUGUUCGAAUGAAGUUCAGAAUCCCGUGUCUUCACUCUUGAGGAGAGAGAAAACUGCGAAAAAAAUGAAAUAAUUUUGGGUUUUCUGGGUGGUUUUUUCUGUAAAUUCAUCUCAUGCUACUCGCUUCUAAUUCUUCUAAUCUAGCUUUGCAAGACCAUAAUAACAUGAAGGAAACUGAGGUGUUGUCAGAAGACAGUCGAAUGCAUAUAACCGCAAUUAGCAAGAGAGGUGGAGGUGGUGGUCAUGGAGGUGGCGGUCAUGGAGGUGGUGGGGGUCAUAGUAGUGGAGGCCAUGGUGUUGGCAGUGCAAGUCAUGGUGGUGAAGGAGGAGUUGGCGGUGAUGAAGGCCAUGGAAGAGGAGGGAAGCUUCCAUUCUAUGGAGCUGCUGGGGCAGCAGCUGUUGCUGCUAGAAACAGGGGUCACCACCAGCAGAAAGGCUCGAAUUGUGCCCCUGCACAGCUUGGGUUAACUCUUCCUUCAUCAUUAUUAGGUCUUGGAAUCUUUCUUAUUCGAUUUUAAGCUUACUAGUAGAUGAAUAUCAGAGUGAGACUUCUUAGUU